CUCCAGUAUAAAAAGAUAAACCAGCGCUCCACAACACACUAUCCAGACAUCCGCAUUGGACUACUGAACUGAGUUUCAGUGUUCUUUGAGACACAAUGGCGGUGUGGACUGUCUACCUGUCUCUCUGUCUCCUCAUACCUUUGAGUGCUUCAGCUUUGGAUCCUGAGAAGGACUCCACAGUCAACUUGGAGGCCAGAUCUCUGCACUUGGACUGUUACCCUGAGGCGGGUUCAGAUCAGGCCAAAUGUGAAGCCCGCGGCUGCAUCUGGGAGCCUUCAAGUGUUCCCAACGCGCCCUGGUGUUAUUACCCCGAGACCCACGGCUACGUCACCACAAACGUCGUUGAAACGGCGAGCGGCAUCACUGUAGAUAUCGAGCGCAAUACCGCUUUCCCAAUUCAACGUUCUCAAUCUCGAGACGUCAACAAACUCCGUGUGGAAAUCACAUUCCUGAGUGGAAAAAGCCUGCGCUGGAAGAUCUUUGACCCAGCCAACGCUCGCUUCGAGGUCCCCGUUCCCCUCGAGCUGCCGGCCACACCAGAGACUGAGGAAAACAACAGACUGUACAGGGUUCAGAUCCAGGACAUGCCAUUCGGGAUCCAAGUCAUCAGAAAGAGCUCAGAAGAGAUCAUAUGGGACUCUGCUGUGCCAGGGUUCACGUUCUCCGAUCAGUUCCUCCAGAUCUCCACACGCCUCCCCUCAAACUAUGUGUAUGGUGUUGGUGAAACCGAACACCCCGUCUACAGUCAUGACCUCAACUUUCACACAUACGGCCUGUUUGCCAAAGACCAGCCUCCAGGGUAUAAACUCAACAAUUAUGGAGUCCAUCCCUUUCACAUGGGUCUGGAGAAAUCAAAGAACGCUCACGGCGUCCUCCUGCUCAACAGCAAUGCCAUGGAUGUGACGUUCGUGCCGAGUCCAGCUCUGACCUACCGCACCAUCGGAGGAAUCCUGGACUUCUACAUGGUGAUGGGACCCACUCCAGAAGCUGUGGUUCAACAGUACACUGAGAUGAUCGGCCGCCCGGUUCUUCCAGCCUAUUGGUCGCUUGGAUUCCAGCUUUGUCGCUAUGGUUACUCCAAUGAUGCGGAGAUCGCAAAUCUUUACAACGACAUGAAAGCUGCUAAAAUUCCUUAUGAUGUUCAAUAUGCAGACAUUGACUACAUGGAGAGGCAGAUGGACUUUACGCUGGACAAGCAGAACUUCAAUGGUCUGCCGGCUCUGGUGGACAACAUGAGGGCUGAGGGGAUGCGCUUCAUCUUCAUUUUGGAUCCGGCUAUAGCAGCCAAUGAGACUAAAGGCUCCUACCCUGCGUUUGAUACCGGGAUUGAAAAAGACGUUUUCAUCAAAUGGCCUCCUCAGCUCAGCGAUGACAUCGUGUGGGGAAAGGUGUGGCCUGAUUAUCCCAAUGUUGAGGUGGACAAUUCUUUGGACUGGGAUACUCAAGUAAAGCUGUUCCGAGCGUUCGUGGCGUUCCCUGAUUUCUUCAAGAACAGCACAGCUGAGUGGUGGGCCGGGCAGAUUAGAGACUAUUACAACAACGUCAUGAAGUUUGACGGACUGUGGAUCGACAUGAAUGAGCCGGCCAGUUUUGUGCAUGGCACCGUCGGAGAGAAGUGUUUAGGGGAUCAAACUUUGGAAAAUCCUCCAUACAUGCCCCCACUGGAGUCCAGUUAUAGAGGUCUGAACCAUAAGACUAUGUGCAUGAACAGCGAGCAGAUCCUCGAUGACGGCACACGCGUCAAGCAUUAUGAUGUCCACAACCUGUACGGAUGGUCUCACACCAAACCCACUUAUGAUGCUUUGCUCAGUACCACUGGAAAGAGAGGAGUGGUUAUUACCCGUUCAACAUACCCGUCUAGUGGGCGCUGGGCAGGACAUUGGCUGGGAGACAACUACUCCCGCUGGGACCAGCUUCUCAAGUCCAUCAUAGGCAUGAUGGAGUUCAGCAUAUUUGGCAUCCCUUACACCGGCGCUGAUAUCUGCGGCUUCUUUAACCAUGCCGAAUACGAGAUGUGUCUGCGCUGGAUGCAGCUCGGAGCGUUCUACCCCUUCUCCAGAAACCACAACACCAUAAACAUGCCAAGGCAGGACCCCGUGGCCUGGGGAGAGGAGUUUGCUGCUGUGUCUCGUGAUGUGCUGAAUAUUCGCUACACACUCCUGCCAUAUCUGAACACACUGAUGUACGAAGCUCACGCUCAUGGAAACACUGUGGUCAGACCCCUUCUGCACGAGUUUGUCACCGAUGAAAACACAUGGAAGAUCGACAGACAGUUCCUCUGGGGUCCCGCUCUUCUGAUCACACCUGCACUGGACCCGGGUGUGACUGUGGUCAGGGGCUACGUGCCAGACGCCCGCUGGUACGAUUACCACACGGGCCAAGCUGUUGGAGUGCGAGGACAGUUUGUGGAUAUGGACACGCCAUUAUGGAAAAUUAACCUGCACGUGAGAGGAGGACACAUCCUGCCCUGGCAGAAAGCAGAGAGCAACACAUACUACAGUCGUCAGAAUCCUCUGGGUCUUCUUGUUGCUCUUGAUGAUGGAGGUUUAGCUCAUGGAUCCUUGUUCUGGGAUGACGGAGAGGGAAUUGAUACUGUUCAGAACAAGCGUUUCCUCUUGACCACUUUCACUGCGUCUUCGGGUGUUCUGACCAGCGCGGUUCCCACAGACGGUCUGGCCGAGGCCGACAGGUUGACCCUGGGUCAGGUGAAGGUGUGGGGUGUAACAGCGCCCGUCACUCGUGUUACACUGAGCGUGACUGGACAGCCCGACGCCGACCUGCCAUUCACAUACAACGCUGAGAUUCAGGAGUUGCAGUUUGAUGCAACAUCACAUUCUCACACCAUCGAAAAGCCUUUCACAAUCACCUGGAUUUAGGCUUAGACUCGGACACCAGUCUACGGAAACAGCAAUAGCAGGAUUAUUUACCUUUAUUUACCAAUGGAGUAAUAAAGCAGCAAAUCUAAUGUCAA